AAUCAGGAGUAAAACUCAACUCCUAUUCUUACUUGGUUUCUGUUGGAGGAGGGCCCAGUAUCUUGGGUAUAGCUUAAUGCCCCGUCAGGUAAGGCUCAGGUACGCAUCACGUACCGGGGAAGCCACAUUGACCGUUACAGACAGCUGCGCCCAUGACGUUAUGCUUUCGUCUGUUUGUUCUUGCCGUCCCCCCCUCUCUAUCGGUGCUCCGUACCACUUCUUUCUAUGUAUUCUUCAUCCCGGUUCACAAACGGCCCCGUUUGUACGCAGUAUCCGUAGCGAAGCGACAGAACGGAGUAAGGUACGGAUAUAGGCCCAGGCCCAGGCCCAUCCCAUGCCAACCUGUCGCGUCCCACGCCACGUUCCUUGGACGACCACUGACGGUUGACCAAUGUUCAAUACGAUACGGGCGAGAAACUACUACUCCGUACCACCAGGACGGGGAUUUGCAGCUUCCAACCAAGGUUUCUUCUCGCACCCUCGUGUGUGGACCGGCUGUACGGCACAAUGACGGUAGAAUGCUACGCCGUACUGGACGGGCGGCCCGCUAGAACAUGAUUGGCUCGUACCUUGGUCAGAGAUAGAAAGAAGGCACAGCAAACGCUGGAUGGACUCUCCCAGCCCCUCCAAGUUGCCCGAGUUCUAACUAAAGGUGGGAAGAGGAAAGAAGGGUUUGUUACUUGGCAGUUUGUUGGUGGUUGCUUCCCGUC